AGACCCCCGCCCCCCCGAGGAGAGACCCCCCCCCAAGAGAGAGCCCCGCCCCCCCACCGGACUGCUCGCCCGCCUCCAGGAUGAUUGACAGCUGCUCCUCCUGAAACCCCCAGGAUGCCUGUGGUGCCAGUGGGCGGGGCAUCCUCCUCCCACCACGUGGUCCCCGUCGCCCUCACCUGGCCGCUGCUGCUCUUCCACGCCGCCGUCGCCGUCGGUCAGAAACCCGCCAAGCUGCCUCUGAUUGGCCGGAAGCCCUUCGUCGCCGCCUGGAACGCCCCUCUGGACAUGUGCGCCAUCAAGUACAACGUGACCACCAACGCCCACCGCCUCUUCCACAUCCACGGCAGCCCCCGCGCCGGCUGGACGGGUCAGAACGUCACCAUCUUCUACGCCAACCGGCUGGGCUACUACCCCCACUACACGCCGCAGGGCGCGGCCGUGCACGGCGGCGUGCCGCAGAACGGCAGCCUGGAGCGCCACCUGGUCAAGGCCCGCCGGGACAUCGACCACUUCAUCCCCUCGCGGGACUUCCGCGGCCUGGCCGUGAUCGACUGGGAGUUCUGGCGGCCUCAGUGGAGCCGCAACUGGCACAAGAAGGACAUCUACCGCCGCGAGUCCCGGGAGCUGACCGCCGGCGCCUACGUCAACGUGACGGCGGCCCAGGUGGAGGAGCUGGCGCGCCGGCGGUUCGAGAAGAGCGCCGAGGCGUUCAUGCAGAGGACGAUCCAGCUGGGGACGCGCCUCCGCCCCGACGGGCUCUGGGGGUUCUACCUCUACCCCGACUGCCACAACUACAACCUGCACGAGGGGAACUACACGGGCGCCUGCCCCCUGCUGGAGAGGCUGAGGAACGACGAGCUGCGCUGGCUGUGGAACAGCAGCACGGCGCUCUUCCCCUCCGUGGCGCUCCGGAAGAGCCACGCCGGCAGCGUCGGCAACCUGCGCUUCUCCCAGCACCGGAUCCGGGAGUCGCUGCGCAUCGCCGCGCUGACCUCCCGGGAGCACGACCUCCCCACCUACGUGUACCUGAGGCUGGGCUACCGGGAGGAGGCCCUGGCCUUCCUCACCACGAAGGACCUGAUCCACACCAUCGGGGAGAGCGCCGCCCUGGGGGCCGCGGGGUUCGUCAUCUGGGGGGAUUUGAACCUGACGACCUCCAGGUUCAACUGCACCAAGGUGAAGACGUUCCUGAGCCGGCGGCUCGGCCAGUACGUCACCAACGUGACGCGCGCCGCCGAGGUCUGCAGCGACUUCCUGUGCCGGAGCAACGGCCGCUGCGUCCGCCGGGACGCCCUCGCCCGCCACUACCUCCACCUGAGCGCCGCCGGCUACCGCAUCCGGCCCUCGGGCGACGGGGGCUUCGCCGUCAGCGGGCGCCACUCGCGGCGCGAGCUGCGGCUGCUGGCCGAGAGGUUCCGCUGCCACUGCUACGAGGGCCACGAGGGCGAGCGCUGCGACGGCGCCAACGAGGUGCGGGAGGAGGGCGGCGGGGGGGCGGGGCAAGAGGAAAAGGAGGAGGAGCGGCGGAGGAAGGCGUGGGAGGAGGAGCGGGGCGAACGAUGGGAGGCGGGGGAGAGCGAGGCGGCGCCGACCGGCCGCGGCGGCGUCCUGAUGCUGCUGGGGCUGCUGCUGAACCUCACCGUGGUCACAUGACCAACAACACCGUGGUCACGUGACCAACAACACCGUGGUCACAUGACCAACAACACCGUGGUCACGUGACCAACAACCCUCAGGCUCUGAGGCUGAGGAAGGCGGAGCUUCAGCGAAGACGAUGACGUCAUCCACUGAUGCUGCAGGAGAAGAGAGUUCCUCCUCUCACGGUCCAUGAACAGUGUUGUGUGUUGUUGUGCGUUCAGAGCCACACAACAACAACAACAACACACAUGAACACUCGGCUGAGGGGGUGAAAAGUAAAACAACUAAACAUGACACUUUAUUUUGAGUGUGAUGGCACUUUAUAUACACACACACACACUGACACACACAUACACACUUACACACACACACACACACACACAUAGUUCCCUGAAUGUAAACGCACUGCGAAUAAAAGACUUUUCUUCA